UUCAGUUUUUACGGGGUCAACUGGUGGCUGUGUACAAGUGAGCAUCCAGAUUGUUGUCAUGGCAACACAUAGCAGCUGCUGUGCUGAUGCUGAAGACGGAGCUGGGGGGAAGGUUGACACAAAAUCGUACCUGUGUGAGGAGUGCAACAGGCAGUUUGCUAGACUGUAUAGUCUGAAGAGGCACAAGCAAACUCAUACAGGGGAGAAACCCUACAAGUGUGAGGAAUGCAACAGGCAGUUUAGUCAGCUGAGUCGUCUGAAGACCCACAUGCACAGUCACACUGGGGAGAAACCGUACAAGUGUGAGGAGUGCAGCAAACAGUUUAGUCAGCUGAGUCGUCUGAAGACCCACAUGCACAGUCACACUGGGGAGAAACCCUACAAGUGUGAGGAGUGCAGCAAGCAGUUUAGCCAUCUGCAGAGUCUAAAGAAGCAUGUGCGCACUCACACAGGGGAGAAACCCUACAAGUGUGAUGAGUGCAGCAAACAGUUCAGUCAGCUGAGUCGUCUGAAGAGCCACAUGCGCACUCACACAAGGGAGAAGCCAUACAAGUGUGAGCAAUGCAGCAAACAUUUCAGUGCACUGGGAGAUCUGAAGAGCCACAUGCGCACUCACACAGGGGAGAAACCAUACAAGUGUGAGGAGUGCAGCAAACAGUUUAGCCAUCUGCAUAAUCUGAAGAAUCACAUGCGUACUCACACAGGGGAGAAACCGUACAAGUGUGAGAAGUGCAGCAAACAGUUUAGUCAGCAGCAGCAUCUGAAGACCCACAUGCACACUCACACAGGGGAGAAACCCUACAAGUGUGAGGAGUGCAGCAAACAGUUCAAUCAUCUGAGUAACCUUAAGCAUCAUGUGCGAACUCACACAGGUGAGAAACCCUUUAAGUGUGAGGAGUGCCCCAAACAGUUUAGUCAGCUAGGUCAUCUGAAGACGCACAUGCGUACUCACACAGGGCAGAAACCCUACAAGUGUGAGGAGUGCCUCAAACAGUUUAGUCAGCUAGCUCAUCUGAAGACGCACAUGCGGGAGAAACCCUACAGAUGUGAAGUGUGCAGCAAAAAGUUCUCAAGCCUGAGUAACAUGAAGUCCCACCAGCGAAGUCACACAAAAGCUUAA